AUGCACGUGCCAUGUGAGGCCAACAUCCUGGCGUCAUCCAAGGCGUGGCCUAUCGCCGCAGCCACAGCCGCAUUCGCAUCUUUUUCUCCAUCUCACCCGCCCUCGCGGCUCGCCAUCGCCCCUGAGGCACAUUCAUCUUGCCAGGGCCAGGGACAAACAGCGGUGCAAUCGCCCAAUCGAGACCCCCCAUCGAUCGCCGGAACUCUAUCCAACUCCUCCCCGACCAACGACGGCCCCAUCCGCGAGGAAAUUCUAAGCUCCUCCCCACGACUUUCUACAACCCACCCCAAAUCCGGCGCCUCCAAUAUUUUCAGGGACCACGUCGCAUCCGACUCUACCUACGACGACCAUUCCUUCGCACCCUUACAAUCCAAUUCUUCUACAAAGGCACCAGUCGCCGCCUCCAACCAUGACACGACAGACCCUAAAAAGUCUUCAUACGCCUCUGCGUCCCCCGGCAGCGAGAUCAAGCCCUCUGCUCCCAAGGUCGCGACGCAAAAGCCCAUGAUGGACAUGUCCAAGAUGUCCCUGUACGACAAGCUUGCAUACCAAUACCCCUACGAUCCCGAAACGCGCUUCCCGGCCUACAUCUGGCAGACGUGGAAGUGGACACCCGCCGAGCAACAAUUCAACUUCCGCGACCAGGAAGCUAGCUGGUCGGAACAGCACCCUGGCUUCGUCCACGAGGUCAUCACCGACAAGGUCGCAGUCAACUUGUUGCGCCUACUCUACGCGUCCGUCCCCGAGGUCCUCAAGGCUUACGAUGCUCUUCCUCUACCCGUCCUGAAGGCCGACUUCUUCCGAUACCUGAUCUUGCUCGCACGUGGCGGCAUCUACACCGACAUUGAUACCUAUGCCAUCCGUUCAGCCCUCGAAUGGAUUCCUGAGCGCAUCCCACGCGAGAGCGUUGGUCUCGUCGUUGGCAUUGAGGCUGACCCCGAUCGCCCUGACUGGAAGGAGUGGUACAGCCGUCGAAUCCAAUUUUGCCAGUGGACAAUCCAAUCCAAGCCCGGCCACCCUGUCCUGCGCGAGAUCGUCGUUCACAUCACCGAGGAAGCUCUGAAGCGCAAGAAGGCCGGCCUGUUGAAUAACAUUCUCGACAAGAACGUUGUCGAGUUCACCGGCCCAGCCAUUUGGACAGACAUCAUUUUCAAUUACUUCAACGACCCCCGAUACUUCAACAUGAAGGACUCCAAGGGAGCCAUUGACUGGCAAAACUUCACAGGCAUGGAGACAUCCAAGAAGGUGGGCGAUGUCGUGGUGCUCCCCAUCACGAGCUUCAGCCCCGGCGUGCAACAGAUGGGCGCCAAGGAUUAUGAUGAUCCCAUGGCCUAUGUGAAGCACGACUUUGAGGGUACCUGGAAACCCGAAGAGCUCCGCCACAUUGGCGAGCAAAAGGAGGACACUCCAACCCACUACGUAUGA